UAAAUCUUAAAUGUUAAAAGUAGAGACUUUCUUCUGUGAGGCAUUUUGUGCUUUCUGUGGUCAAUUUUGGUGUUCUUCACAAAGGAGCCUGUACUCUUGUCUGGACUAGAAAAGCUUACCUUGAUACAAGUAAUGUGAUAGUAACACCCAGUGAUCAUCAUCAAGUAUAUCACAAGGAAAUACUCUGAUUCUAGAAUUUUUCUGGUGUCUAACAAAGACAGGCGUAUGUGAGAGGAGGAAGUGAUCACAGGGUUGCCAUGAUCUAGAAAACUAUUUCGAUUAUUGACUACUUAUUCGGAAUUAGUUUUAAAAUUUUAAAACAAUGUAUAAUUGGAUAAUAAAAGAUUGAAAAAGAAUUAAAAAGGUAUAAGAAUUAGGUUUUAUCAUGCAACUAAGAUCAUUAUAACUUUAGAACAGGUUUUAUUUUGAUGAGUAUUAAAGAACCUAGGGCCUAAGCUUUUUUGAUUUUCUGUAUCUUAAGCUCAUCAAGAGAGUCUCCUCUUUAUUUUUAGAAAUGUAAAGGAAUCCAGAAGAUUUCUUCCAACUGCCUCCUGCUAUUCGGGCAACUUCCUCAUGAAGCCCAGGAUCCCAGCCUGUUCCUAAUGAAGUGCAGAUUUCCAGUUCUUGGGAGGGAUUGGAGGCUCACCUUCAAAAGAGAAGGGCCCCCUAGCUGCCCACCAUGGCUGCAGAGGCUGCACCAGACAAAGCGGGAAGUUCUAUAUUAGAGAUUCCCAAGCAAGAUUUUUUUCAAGAAGCAAAAACUCUCAUUGCUCAACAUUAUAAGAAAAUAAAUGAGAAUAAAGUUCCAGGUACUUCUAUAAAUGUCUUUAGAAAUAAACAUCAGAAACCAAAAUCUACCAAAUUCAUACCUUUGGAGAUCAAAAAAAAGGAAACACUUGAUGCGGUCCAAGAACUUCAGGCAGCAUACAAAAGGAUUUGUUUUCCCAAGGACCGUUCCAAAAGUGGACCUUCUGAGGAGCCUCCACAACGGACUGCUUUCAAUGAGCCAUACAUUUUUAAUAUAAAAAAGAAACACAAGGAGCCUAUAGAUCUAAUUGUGAAAGAACAAGUUAAACUGGAUAAAAUAGUUACUAAUAUUGAGUCAGUGAGUAAAAAAAUGGAGAAAGAGAAGCAGUUGCACCAUGGAAAGACCAGAAAGCUGGACUCCUUUUCUGCCUUCCCGGUCUUCAACCUUGGCCUGCAUUUACGACCCAUGACCUCCUCUUCCAUGGGGCAGCUGAAAGAGCAUGACAGGACACUCUAUGAUUGGCGAGGAUCUGUGUCAAAAAGGUUCUCCCGUUUGACUCACGAUUCCGGUUGGCCUAGUUUCUCUGGAUCAUCAUCAGCAUUUCAGGAUUAUUCUAGUAAAAACUUCAUUAAAAAAGAACAACAAUCUAUAAAGCCAGAGUCAAAGCCGCAACCCAGCCCCAAAUCCAUUCUUAGUAAAAGUGAUAAAAUUGACAAUAAAGUUAAAAGAAUUGGACCACACAUAGAGAUCUUCCAAGUGUUCCGAGGAAGAAAAAAAUUUGCAAUAACCAAAAACAUAAUUAAAAUGGUCACCAUCAUGCAGGCAUUUGUCAGAGGGUGGCUCGAACGCAAAAGAUUCCAAAGAAUAAUGACCAAGGCUUUGUAUCAUGGACCAGAUUUGAGGACAGUUAUAAACAUGUACUGCAGACAAAUCCAUCGUGUUAAAUAUCGACUUGGUCUUUGGAGGACAAGACAAAUUAUAAACCUUACAGAGUUGGAGGAAUGGAUGGACAGAAAAAAAUUCUAUGAAACAAUGUUUGCUAAAAGAGAAGAUUGGCAAGGGUUAGAAAGAAGUGAACUCCUUAAGUACUUCAACGAUUGUGGUCAUUUCCCAACCCACCAGCAAAUUGAUGAGGUUUGGGACCUGGUCCAUAGAGAAGACCGUGAAAAAUACUCUGAUAUCAUCAAGAAGCACAAUGCAAUUGAAAUGUUAUUUACACUCUACCCUCCUCAAGGUGCCCAUGUGUCUACUAAUUUGAGGCUUAGGUCAACUUGGCUGAGACCCAUAGUAAAUGGGGAAGAAGGAUAUAAGUAUAUAGUAAGUGGGCAUCCAGUACUCAAAAGAGCUAACAUCCGGAUUGUUGGAAAGCUGGUGGCCGCAUCUAUAAGAGAAAGGAAAAUGAGACAACGGUAUUCAUCAUGAGAAGUAAGAUAGUGUUUUCAAAACAAUUUUGUUACCUUAAGAGUUGAACCUAUCUCCCCAAAGACAUAGAUUAGCAUUGGCCAUGGAUUAAUUCUGUAUCAACUGGAAAAAAGGACAAAUAUCUUUGAACAUCCAAAGAAGAACUUCCACAAGACGGUCUAUAAUUACCAAACGUCUUCAGAUGAACCAUUCAUUGGAUCUUUUUUAUAAAUAACAUCUGUUUAAUCAUAAUGGAGUUGAAAUCACAUAGUAUCAAGUAUUCCUUUCAUUGGACUCAAAUUUGGUUUGUUCCAGGACCAAUAAAUGCUGUAAAAAAGUUAA